AUGGCAUCACCACCUUCGGCUGAAAUCAUUGACAAUGCGAUGUUUUGCAACACUGUACAUGCGUUAGCAUAUACUGACACCCACCAAAAAUGGCUAAUACGGAAACACUUAAUUUCUCUUCAUAAUGAAUUCUCUUCCUUGUCUCCUAGUGUUGCCAUGUUUACCCACAAUGAUGGAACAAUGGUGAACUUACUGAAAGCUGAAGGCUACCUACAUAUCUCUCAAUAUUUGCCUUCGAUCCAUGUAAGCAUUUGGAUUCAUGAGCACUACCCUCAUAAGCCACCUAUUGUUCAAGUAACAUCAAAUCCAACUUAUCCAAUUCGUCCUAAUCACCCUUUUGUGGAUCCAUCCGGAGUGACAACAUCAUCAUAUCUUCACACGUGGGGUCCUUUUGGGCACGACUUAUUAGGUCUUGCUUAUAGUUUGGUAAAAAUAUUCUCUUUAGAUCACCCUUUUUAUUUUGUCAGCGCUCCUACUUUAUCUCACCCUUCUUAUAUGUCAAAAACGGACUGCUUGGAUCAACUUUGGUGGAUGCUUCACUAUGACAUGAUGACAUUGAGGGAAAACACAAAUGAUGAAGUAGAAAAACUAACUAUUCUUCAAGCUGAUAUGAGUAUGCGUGUUGAUAUCACAACUAGCAUAAUCAUUGGAUUGGACCACGAAAGGGUUAAUCUAAAGCAAAGAGUCAAGGAAAUAACUGACGAAUCUGAUAUAUUGAUAAAUUGGUUGGCUGUGAAUAAAGUAAAUUUAAGUGUUGCUAUAGGAGGGAAAGUCGAGGAUGCAUUUGAAUGUAUAGAUACGUACUCACAUUUGGCCUUGGAAUUGUUGGCCGAAGACCAAGCUUUAGAAGAUUUGAUGUAUGCUCUUGAGAAGGCUCUUGAAAAGGGGGUUAUGAGAUAUGAACAUUACAUGAAACAAGUUCGGAGCUUAGCAAGGCACCAAUUCUUCUUUAGGGCCAAAAUAGAGAGGCUAAAGGAACCGAAAAUAUUCAAGUUGCUUGAUUGA